GUUCGCGUUCGUUUAGUUUGUUGUCGACCGUCUUCUCUUUCGGGCAGCGUGCAGUGCGCUACGGUAGAUGUGAUUUGAGCGAAUAAUUUAAUAACAAAAAUACUAAACACUUUGCAAGCCAAGCAAAGUCAAAGUGUGUGAGUGCAAUAGCAACCAAAUCAAAAGAUCUUCGCGCGCGUUAUAUAGUUAAAACUGCCAAAAACCUAGCAAGAAACGGUUAAGAACCUGAGGAAGCCAAAAUCUCUACACAAAAUCCAUCAUAAAACCACAAAAAUCUCCUCAAACAUCGCGUGUGAGCCUGUGCAUGUGUUUGUGUUUGUGUGCGAUCCGUCGGCCUUUUUUCGGUUGUCUCGUUUCGCGUCUUAUAAGCCGGGCUAAACCGAUCCCGAAUCUCUCUCCUUGAGUUGUUCCUUUCGGUUUUGUCUUUGUCCCGGGCACGUAAUCCCUCUCUCCCCCUAAUCAACCUGCUGAUCCCACCGGAGGGUUAAACCAUAUACACCGUAGUGUAAAACAGUGAGCGAGAAAGAGAGGCCGAGAGAUAGUUAUCGCUGCUCCCGACUUCAUCAAGAUUGUGCGCCUAAUUUGAAGCUGUAAUUAAUUUGGAUACCCUAAUAAAAACCCAACCAAAAGACGGAAUCCAGGGUCCAGAGCCCAAAUCGAGAACCCAGAAUCACCCGCCUUUCCGUCUUCAAGGGGCGCUAUUUUAUUGCCCCGCACCGAUGCCUGCGCAAUAUGGAAUUGGCGAUUUGUAAAACAGAUCUGUCUGCCUCGAAAUUUAUGCUGCCGCCCGCCUUGCCCCCAUCCGCGGCGAUUGGAAACUCAUCGGCGGUCGCUGCAACGGCUAGCUCCUUCCUCGACAAGGCGGCCCAAGAGCUCUUCCACCACGCACACCUGUUCAAAACGCCGGCCAGCAGCCACCACAGUUCGGUGGGCACUCCGUCGAUCCACAACGGUACCAACAAUAGCAGCAGCCAAUCGGGCCAAAACAGCAACAUGAGGCUCAAGAGGAACCGCAAAGUCACAUUUCUGCCCAGCCUAGUUGAGUCAAAAAACAUUUUCAUCAAGGAGGAGCCGAUCCACGGAUCUCACCAUCGAGAACUCUUCAGUUUGUCGGAUAACUCAGAUCAAGAUUCGUUGGAUGUUCCUUCCGCCUUGCCACCGCUCACGCCGGGCACCAAUCGCAAGGUCAACGAGGUUCUAAAGGCUUCCUUCGCCUCCUGGGAAAAGGAGGUUCACAAAUACAACAUAACCAAAGAUCCCCGUGAGUGGACGGAGGACCACGUCAUCUACUGGCUCCAAUGGGCCAACACCGAGUUCUCGCUGGUCUCCAUGAACCUGGGCCCCUUCUCCAAGAUGAAGGGCCGUGCCCUGCUCAAUCUCGGCAAGGAGGAGUUUCUGUCCCUCACGCCGCAGUUCACCGGUGAUAUUUUGUGGGAGCACCUGGAAAUCCUUCAAAAAGAUUGCGAGAAACCAAAUGAGGAUAUUGUGCACGGCAAUUCCUUUGAGUCGGCCACCACUGCCUCGGUCUGUGGAUCGGACCACCAGGUGGCCAAUUACCCCACCGAGCCACCCGCCAACAGCAACAGCAACAACAGCAGCAGCAACAAUAACAAUAACAAUAGCAGCAUAAGUAGCCGGUUGUCCAUGGAUUAUGUAACGUCAGCGGCGAACAGUGAUAAUAAAAACUUCCACCCAGCCACGCCCCACUCGCAUAACGGCUACAACACCAGCAACACACACGACCGCAGCAACAAUAGUCCGCCCCCGCAGCAACAGCAACAGCAGCAACAACAGCAGCAGCAGCAGCAAUCGCAGCAGCCGACUGUCAAUGGCAGCAGCACUGCCAGCAGCAACAACAACAACAACAGCAACAACUCCAUGCUACCGCCCGCUGUUCAGCAGAACAACAACAAUGCCAACAACAACAACGAAAGCAACAACACCAGCAGCAGCAGCAACAACACGAACAGCAGCAACAACAGCGGCAGCAACAGCGGCAACAACAACAACAACAACAAUGCCAAUGCGGGCAGCAAUAACAACAAUAAUAACAAUAACAACAUUAACUACAUGGCCGCCAUGACGGCGAUCUAUCAGCACCAGCUAAAAGAGGAGCCCGGAACCGGUCAGAAUGGAGGCGGCAUUGGAUACGGCGGCAGCAAUAGCCAGAGCGAUCCCACGGAUCUCAGCAUAUACGGCCUGCCCGCCCACUUGGCCAUGUACGGCGGUGGGAGUGGCAGCGGGCCGACGGGCGGUGGGAGUUCCGGUGGUGGCGGUGGCGACGAUAGCGACUACCACAGUGUGCAGGAUCACCAGAGCCAGCAGUCCAGCGGUGGAAGUGGAGGAGCGAGUGGUGGCGGCGGUGGAAGCACCGUGAAUACAAACGGUUACAUGGACAGCAGCACGGAGUUCUAUGCGAACUACGCGCACCGGAAUCGUUUCAAUGAUGGCUAUCCGCCGGAUUUCGGUCCCUACGAUGGCCAGGCCUUCCAGACAAUGGCCGCGGCAACGAUGGACACGUGGGGAGCCGCCCAUGGCCACCAGCAUCCGACGGUGUACAUGAGCACACAGGGCGGAGUGCCGUGCUUCACGGGAUCGGGUCCCAUUCAACUGUGGCAAUUCCUGCUCGAACUGCUGCUGGACAAGACGUGCCAGAGCUUCAUCUCGUGGACCGGCGAUGGCUGGGAGUUCAAGCUCACCGAUCCGGAUGAGGUGGCUCGUCGAUGGGGAGUUCGUAAAAACAAACCCAAGAUGAAUUACGAGAAGCUGAGUCGCGGUCUGCGAUACUAUUAUGACAAGAACAUUAUCCACAAGACGGCUGGCAAGCGAUAUGUCUACCGCUUUGUCUGUGAUCUCCAGAAUCUAGUUGGGCACACCCCCGAGGAGCUAGUGGCUAAGUAUGAUCUUAAGAUCGAGAAGAAGGAUGUGGAUUAGCGGCGGAGCAGCGGAUAAGCUGCCUGAAUCAAAAGCAGUUGCCGGCGAGCUGCUCCCAGCCACGGAUUGUACUCAACCAACCGCAAAAUACUUUCGAGCGUUAUUGUUUACCAAGCGUGAUGUUAGCCUUUAAGCAGCAGUCCCCAAACCUGCGAUCUUGCUACGAGAUUAAAGUGUUGGCCAAACCACCCACCCAAAGUCCCCGAUAAAUCCCAAAACUCCCGUAAAACAAAAUACCACCCUUACCCACCAACAUGUCAAAACCGUUUUGCUUGUAAUUAUCGUGUAAAAAUUAGACUUUUAAAUUAAUUUGAAAUUAAUUUAAAAUACUUGAGAGAGAGAUUUAGUCGUAAGCCGAUCUAUAGCAACGUAAAUCGAGAAGAACCAGUUGAAUGGAGAAAUUUGAAAUUCAAUUUAAAUUCAAUUUGAAAUUCUGUGUGCAAUGUGUGCAAUGAUGUUUCUUCGUUCUCACAUAGUCUGUAAAAUGUGUCUGCGGCAAAGGAUCGAACGUUUGAUAGAGGCCAUAAAGUAUGUGUCCCCAAAGUGAUAUUAGAGCGCAACAUUUUGUUAUACUUACAUAAUCAUUUCAACCGCACGGGGCACCAGGAACAUUUCAAAAUCAUGCAUGUAUAUAGCGAUGAAGAUGCGUACGCGUAUGCGUAUGGCAUAUAAGUAGGUCUCUAGUAUUUAUGUAUAACCUGUAAUCUGUGCUAUUGGUACAACUAAGUUUUCCAACUUCCAAGCCUUCACCUUCUGUACUUCUGUGCGCUUCCGUGCGAUCCCAAAAGUUUUAAACGUAAAACGGCACAAUAGUUGAGAUCGAUCAUGUGUACACUAUAUCCGAUCUGAACUCUUGUUUAAGCGUCUACUUUAUUAUGUAUACUUAUGUAGGCUAUCCCUAGUUAGGCUCCGUAGUUUCCCUAGUGCAUUAAGUGCGUUAAUCGACAGUUCAAGAAGUGUUUAUUACCUUGUAUGUGUGUGUGUGUGUGUAUAGCUAUUAACUACUUAAGUCUAGCUCCUAGAUGCUUAGCCACGUAUUACACGCAUAAAUAUAACGUUAUAUUGAUACAUAGAUACACAUACAUCUGUAGAGCAAUUCUAAAAUAUUGUAUUUAUACGAGCGUACAUUGUAAUAUUAAAGCUACCAUUAACAUUGCUAAUGAUAAAAACAAUAAAAGAAAAACCGAUAUGAAAAUACAAAAAA